AUCACAUUUGAAUUUCAAUCUAAUUUCUAUUUUGAUUAAUUAUUGUUUGUAUUUUCCUUUGAAUUUUAAUACUUUAAUCAAUUUAUGUGUAGGUUAUGUAAUUAUUAAAAUUAAUUUUAGAAGAUGGAUUUAAAAGAAAAGUACUCUUUAUUAAAUUUUGUUAAGAAAGUUAGCAAAGAUUCAUCGAAUGAUAUACGCCUGAGCACCAAUGACCAACAAGUAUCAUCAGAGAAAAAAUCCAAAUUUAUUUUUAAAUCAAAAUCAACAAAUUCCACAAAGUGGACACCACCAUUUAAAAAUGCUUCAACGGAGAAUGUGCCAAAAUUUGCCAGUUCAAAAGAACUGUCUACAUCACCAAAUGUAUUACCAAGAAAUUAUGUCACCAACCAUCCAAUUGGAGAACAAAUUAAAGCAGACGAAAAUCAAAGUGUGUAUAACUCCUUUGAUGUAUUUGAUGUCAGUCCAAAAGAACUUUCUACAUCAUCAAAUGAUAUAUACGAACAAAUGAACGCAGACAAAUAUCAAAGUGUAUAUGAUGACUCCAUUGAUGCAUUCCAUGAUUAUGAUAUGGACUCUUUUCUACAUGUAUACAAAACAUCUACGACAUCGCCAUUAAAAAAUAAAUCUAUACGAAUAAGUGCAACACCUAGUCCUACAAAAAAAAUAUCGGAACAAUACAGUUCGACGGGUAAAAAUGUUUUAAAAACGCCAGAGAAAACCAGUUCCGAUGAAAAACCUAGAAGUUUAAAAUUGGAUACGUCAUUGAAAGGUUUUUUAUUCAACAUAUCGACCAAUCCUGCUGUAAAGAAAACAAAAAUGAAAAAAAGCUUACAAGAUAUAGAGGAAUGCAAGACCCUGUACAUAGAAAUAUUAGAAAAAGUGUUUAAUGCCUUUGAUAGAAUACCAAAUAAAACAAAAGAAACAUUACCUGGAUAUAAUAGUACCAUAUAUUCACAUCUUAAAUUUUGGAGAAAUAGAUUGAAAUCAGCCAUAAAACAGACAACUAGUAAAAACACAAGUCCACAGAAGGCCAGGCACCAAAGUGACCAAAUAAUUAAAGCUGAUUGUGACUUUAAAAGAAAUUUGUCUGAAUCUCCAUCAUUAUUAAACAACCAUGAGGAUUAUGAUUUGAAAGAUUUUGUUAUAAAAAGUAGUCCGAUUUUUAUUAAAAAAUCUGUCAAGGCAGAACAUACACAAGCAGACAGAAGUAAUUUUAGUUACGAUGUUGGACCUAGUAGUUCAACAUUAUUAGGUAAAUCGGUCAAGAAAUCGUUGUCUUAUGAUGCAUUUUCACCUUCUAACUCGAUCAUAAAUUUAGAUGCAACUACUGAGUCUGAUGCUGACAACUUGGAUACACCCUCAAAUGUUAAAGGAAAGGGCAAAUUCGUAUUCAAGAGACCAUCGCGAAUUAUCACAGAGGAGUCUAAUAACAAAUCAAUAUCAAGUCCCAUAAUUUCAAGUACCGCUCAAAAACUAAAGAAUGCUUUAGAAACUUUAAAGCCUUUAGUAGAUCGAGAGCCACCAAAAGUGUUGCCAGUAGCAAAUAGUUCUGUAAACUUCCAGCCUCCUCAAGUAAGUAGAAGCUCCUUACUUUCUACCAAUACCAUUGUAGAUGAACCACUUAAUGAUGAUUAUCCCCUAUUGGAUGAAGAGGAAACGGAUGUAUAUUCAGUACCAGUUGAUAUAGAUGUUGAUGUUGAAUUUACACAUGGCUCAAGUGAUUCUGUUGUUAUUGAAAGUGAUCAUAAUAAAGUUGCGGAAGUGGUAAACAAUAAAGAGAUACCAGUAGAUGAAGACGGUUGGCCAGAAUACAGGAUGGAAGAUUUUGAGGAUGGUAAUAUGAAUUCGGAUAGCAAAAAAUCAGAGGUAGAGGUUUUUAUGGACACAUCAUUAGGGGAAGAGGACAAUAAACCCAAAUACGAGGGAAUGGGCGAUUUCAUUGAAGGCACUAAAAAUGAUGGUAUCACAGGUGAAUUUGAUGGUUUGAACUACCCACACUCGUCGCUGAUGAUGGAGGUGUUCAAGGAGAAGUUUGGUCUGAAGACAUUUCGUCCCAACCAGCUGCAGGUGAUAAACGCGACGCUACUCGGACACGACUGCUUCGUUCUGAUGCCCACUGGAGGAGGCAAGUCCCUGUGUUACCAACUACCUGCGAUAUUGACCCCAGGCGUGACGAUCGUGAUAUCGCCACUCAAAUCGCUUAUACUGGACCAGGUCAACAAGUUGCUGUCCCUAGAUAUCCCGGCAGCGCACUUGAGCGGCGACAUGAGCGCUGCGGAAGCAGACGAGGUGUACCACAAAUUGUCAAUGCGCGAGCCGCUACUGAAGCUGCUAUAUGUCACCCCGGAGAAGAUCAGCAGCUCACCCAAGUUCCAAGAUGUCCUCACCACUCUCUACUCGAGGGAUAAGAUCGCUAGGUUCGUGGUAGACGAGGCACACUGCGUGUCGGCGUGGGGGCACGACUUCCGGCCCGACUACAAGCGACUGCACGAACUGCGGCGGAGGUUCCCGCGCCCUCCCCUCAUGGCGCUCACAGCCACCGCCACGCCGCGCGUGCGCAUCGACAUCCUCCACCAGCUACAGGUGACCAAAUGCAAAUGGUUCAUGUCCAGCUUCAAUCGGCCGAACCUCAUAUACAAGAUACUGAAGAAGAAACCGAAAACAGUCAACGACGAAGUUGCUGCGGUUAUCAAGGAGAAGUAUUUCAGACAGUCGGGCAUCGUGUACUGCCUGUCGCGCAAGGAGUGCGACGAGCUGGCGACGUCGCUGCGGCGCGUGGGGCUGCAGGCGGCCUCCUACCACGCCGGGCUCUCCGACAAGCAGCGCGGGGCCGUGCAGGCCGCCUGGCUCGCGGACAGGCACAAGGUGAUCUGUGCAACGAUAGCGUUCGGCAUGGGCGUGGACAAGGCGGACGUGCGGUUCGUGAUCCACCACAGCCUGCCCAAGUCGGUGGAGGGCUACUACCAGGAGGCGGGCCGCGCCGGCCGGGACGGCGAACCUGCACUCUGCCUGCUCUACUACUCCUAUGGCGACGUCGUGCGCUACCGCCGCCUGCUGGCCAUGGAACGGAACACGACUGCGGCCGCACGGCGUGUGCACGAGGAGAACCUGGCGCGGAUGGUGGAGGUGUGCGACAGUGUGGCCGAGUGUCGCCGCGCGCUAGUGCUCGGCUACCUCGGGGAGCGGUACGACCGCCGACACUGCCUCGCCGCCGCCGCCUGCGACAACUGCCGCGCGCAGCAUCGGUUCAAGCCGGUGGACGUGACGGAGGAUACGUGUGCGAUCGUGAGCUGCGUGCAGUCGUACAGCGCGCGCUACACACUGCUGCAGCUGGCGGACGCGCUGCGAGGCUCUCGACAACAACGGCUCUCCGCGCUCAUACAACAUCCCAUACAUGGACGAUGCAAGUCGUGGAACGUGAGCGACGUGCAGCGCCUGCUGCGACACCUGGUGGGGCGCGGACUGCUGCACGAGCGGGUGGUCGUCACCAACGACAUGGCCAGCGCCUACCUCCAGCCCGGACCGCACGCGCACAAAGUGAUGUCGGAGGGGCAACGCGUGGUGUUCCCGAUGAAGUGUGAGGAGAAGACGAGCGACGACGGCAGUGUGGCGCGCGGCGGAGACACGGGACAGUCUCCCGUACACGCGCUGCUGCAGCGCAUACAGGAGCGGUGCUACGCCGACCUGGUGGAGGCCUGCAGGGAGAUGGGCGAGGCGCGUGGGGUGACGCUGACGGCGGUGCUGCCGCAGGCUGCUCUGAAGGCGAUGAGUUCUCGCCUGCCGGAGACGUCGGAGGCCCUGCUGUCGUUGCCGCACAUCACGCGCGCCAACUACGACAAAUACGGCGCCGCGCUGCUAAAGAUCACCUCCGCUUACGCCAUCGAGAAGUUGGGGGUUCUUAUGCAGUACCAGGAUGAGCUGGAGGCGAAAGAGAUAGCCAAAGAGGAAUCUGAAGAAUCUGAGCCGGAGCCGAGCAGCAGUCGCGGCUCGUCGUCCGCGUCCAGUUCUCGAGCCAGGAAGACCUACCGCGGCGGCGUCAGGAAGAAGUACAAACGCAAGCAAACGUCGGCCGCGAAGAAGAAAGCUGUAAGAGGGGCCUGGGGGGCGAGCGGCAGGGGGCGCGGGGGCUACGCAGCCGCUACACCGAGCCCGAGCGGCAGCAAGUUUGUCAACAAGCUCGGGACAAUGCCGAUACCGCGGACUAACAUGGCCAACGCCCGGCCAAACGUAGCCAACACCCGGCCUGGCGUGACCAACACACGACCCGGCGUGUUCAAUCCCUCACGUCUCAAUCUCAUUUAAACUGCAUACAGUAUUUAAUUAGCAAUAAUUCAAUUAUUACAUCUCCAAUAUUGUCUUAUACCAGCAAGGAUCGUUU